AAGUAAAAAACAAGCGGCAGAAAAUUAGGAAGGGCAGAGAGGGAAUAAAUUAAUACAAAAAGAAACGCGCCCAAAACCUCCUUGCCCACGUCUUUUACAGAACAGCUCUGAAGUUUUGAUAACCCAACAAUUCUAUUCAAGCUUAGCGAUUAUGAUCAGCAUCUAUAUAAUAGUAGUAACUGACGAACAUCGUCGAAUUUAAAUCUAGUUUGGGGCUGGGUUACAGUACAAAGCUUCGUACUCAUUAUGAAUCAAGGUAGUCGGAUCAGUAGUCGUUUAAAAUUACCCAAAUGUAAGAAUUCAGUGCAAGAUGUUGUAGAGUUAAGUUCUAACUCGGUAGCCGGUGAGAAAGAUAAGGAAAGGAAUGAGUAUUGGAAUGAUGCCGGUGCAGAAUUUCAGAAUCCAAUUAUGAUCAGUGGAACAACGUCCUCAAAUCUUCGACGCAAAAAGUGCAGAGGUUGGGAUAAAAAAAUUUAUUCAUCAGUUCUUUUUAUAGAAAGUUACAAUAAUGCUACAGUUUUAAUAAAAUUUGGCAGGCAAGGAUAAAUUCCGAAGUAGUUCCAAUUUGAAGAAUAAGAAAGUCACUAUCUUUGGAAAGAAGAGCACACCAUUCUUGAAGCGGCGUUUAUUCCAUCUUAAAACCAAAAGGAAGGUCAUUGUAGGUGAUUCCAUCGAGAAAGGUGACAUUCUGGAUGAAGUAAAGUGUGGACAAGGGAACUACAUGAAACGAAAAGUAUCAGAAGAGCAUUUAAUAUCAUGUUUCAAAAAAAGAAGAUCAGUUUCGCCACAGAAAAAUAGUAGAAAGGAACAAGUUUCUACUAAAAGACGUAACUUGGCAGCAGAAAUUGGAACAAAAAGGCUUGAAACUAAGCAGACCUAUAAUCGAUAUAUUCAGAAAAAGUUCUCGCCCAAGAUAUUUUGGAAGAUGAUAACGCAACUAUCUGAAGAACAGAUUUCAUGGGUUAAUGAAACAGGUUUUGGUCAUGUAUUGGGGAUGAAAAUGAAAAGUUAUGCUCAUAAAUUGGGCUAUAUUGUAGUUGAAUCAUUUAACCGUUCUGAGUGCGCAAUAGUGUUGGACCAAGGUUCUAUUGUACUUACCGAUGAUGUGGUGAACAGAGUACUUGGUUUACCCAAAGGAGAUGAUCCUGUUGAAAUAAAAGAAUGUAAGAACUUAUUACUGGCUUGGGUUAGUCAGUUCCCCAAACGGUCGCACUUCAAUGUAACAGCAAGUCUCAUUGUGAAAAAAAUUAGAAGUAGUGAAAAGGCAACAUACUUGUUCAAGUUGAAUUUUCUUGUGUUGCUGUCAAACUUUCUAGUGGAGUCAAACCACAAUGGGUAUGUUAAAACUGAGAUACUUGGAUUUUGUGGGGAAAUAGACAAGUGUUACAAGUACAACUGGUGCGGAUUUGUUAUUAACAAGUUAUUAUCAACACAUGAGUUUUGGGAUGACAACCGUAGUGGACGCCACUUCACAGGAUCCUUGCCUUUGUUAACGGUGAGCUAGUUUAAUUUAUUUUAUUCAUAAUAUUCAUCAAUGAAGUCGCCUAACUUAUCAUGCAGUACUUGUAUGUGGAUUGUGUGCGUAAUACAAGAACUGCACAUGUGAAGAGGACAAGACCAGCAUACAUUGCAUGGACCAAUGAGAUGGUAAAGGCUGAAGAGAAAUAUAUUAUUGAAAAUGAUUCUUAUGGCGAAGGACAAAUCCUUGUAUGGGGUGAAGACGACGAUGACGAGGUCUCAGCUCUACUAAGAGAUUCUUUUAAAGAAAUAGAUAAAGAAAAAUCAGAAUAUGAUGCGGGGGAAAAAAAAGAGAAUUACGAAAAACAAAUCCAGAACUUGGAUGGACAUGAAAGAGUUUUUGUGGAUCGUGGACACGUUGAAGAUUAUAUGUAUGAUGGACAGAUUAGUUAUGAUGCCAGAGCAGAGAAAUUUCACAAAGGCAAUGAAAAUUCAUUUUCAGAACAUAACUCAGAAAAGGAUACAAUGUCCAUUGUGGAAAGUGUUGGACAUGUUGUAGAUGACAUAGGUGAACAUAUUGUUGUUGCUGCUAGGGAAGAAAACACUCAGACACAUGUUUAUGAUAAGGACAAACAUGAAUCAGAGCAUUCUUUACUAGAUGAGAACUUGGAUGAAUUGUUGGAUGACAAGAAAUUCAUGAAUAGAUUCAAUACUAAGCUUAAUGAAUUGGAAGCACUCUGUAAGGAUGCUAUUGCUGAAUAUGUAUCAGCUGUGGCCAUGUAUUCAGAUCACCCGGGCACACUUAAAAUGAAGGAAAAGCUUUCAGAUAUAUUUAAGACACAGUUCAAUAUGUUUGAGCAUACUACAAAUAUAUUGCUAACACCUGCUAGGAAUAAGCAGCCAAGAUCAUCUAAAGAUGUGUUGGAGCUGACACCUUGGACAACACAAAUUGUCGAAGAGCUCGAUGAGAUGGGAAGAAGUGUGUCACAUGAGUAUGUCAAACUAUCUGAUGUGUUGGAUGUGAAUAAUACAAAAUCUGAGGAGUUUCCCAGUUUCAGCUUGAAUUUAACACCUACUCAAGAUGUACUACAAGAAGAUAAAAAAAUUGAGGCCAAAGCAUCUGCUGUCGACAAAAACCCUGAAAAUAUGAUGUUGAGUAGGCCGUGCCGCAUAAGGAGACUAGCACCCGCUAUUAAAUCACCAUAUGUUAUUCGUGUUAAACCUAUAAAAGCUGGUGGUAUUAAUAGUGAGGAGAACGUAUUGUGGGAAUGGUUAUUUAGCAGCAGAAGAAGCUUGAACGAGAAACUCUUCCAAUGGAAAAGAACUGGAUGCAGUAAAGAGCAAUUGCAGACUUUAAUGGUUGGUCAGUGGGUAGAAGGGAAUGUGAUUGAUACAUGGACACAUAUCUUGAAUGAAAGAGAGAAGUACAGAGCCGCGACUUCACCACUUAGAUUGUUCUGUACAAUAGAUACUACGCUUGGAGCUUUAACAGAUAACAUGACACUUUUAGAUAGAUGUGUGAUACUUGCUGACAACAUGGAAGUAGCGUUAGAGAGAGCAAAUAUGCUGCAUAAUAGGACGUACCAAGAAACUGAUUUCGACAUGUUUCUGUUUCCAAUCCAUAAGAAUGGACAUCAUUAUGUUAUUUCCUUCAAUCUUAAGUAUCCAGCAAUGGAGAUAAUUGACAAUAUACAGAGUUCUGAAGACAUUGAAACAAGAUAUGGAUCACUACCAUAUACUUUGCAUGAGCUGUUUGUGCUUUGGUUAAAGGCAUAUAAAGGAUCCAAAUGGGAACUUAUAGAAAAGUUAGAUCCAGUGAUGGUUGAAAUGGCUUGGCAAACGAAUGCCAAUUCUGUAGAUUGUGGAAUAUUUGUAAUGCGACACAUGGAGUCCUUCAUGGGACAACCUUGGAAUGGAUGGCGCACUGGCCUGGAUAUUGAAUCAGUGAAACAAAGAGGUCAACUUGAAGAUCUACGGAAAAUGUACUGUCAUGACAUCUUAACGAAUGCUCUCAAUGAAAAGCGAGAUAAGGUAAUUAAGAAGGCACAAGAGUAUUUAACAUCACAGAAGAAGAAAGGAAUGUUCAAUGCAACAAGACGAUGGAAAAACGGAGGCAUGAAGUCUAGUGCGGGAAGAAAAAAGAAGUAGAUCAGAAUUUGUUUGAAUUUUGUACUGUAGUAAACAAGAUCACAGAUAAUGUGUUAGGAAACAUUUGGAUGUUGUGGAUUUGUGAACCUUUUCAAAUUUGGUUUUUAUGUAAGACUUUGGCUUAUGA